CCCUCCGGCGGCCCGAAGAGGCGCGGGGCCCGCACCAUGUGUCGCGCGCGGCUCCGCCUCCCGCGGAUUCUCUGCGGCCGCGGUCGGGGGAAUGCUGAAAGCCCGACGGACGCCUGUCCGUGCUGCCCUGUGUCCUGGCUGUUGCGCCGGAAUGAGCUGUGGCCAGAUCUUUUUCUCUGGUCCGGACGAUCAGGAUAGCUCUCAGGGCCCCGCCCCGUGUGGCCUUGCCUGGCUUGCUCGAAUCCUACAACCUCUGCAGGCAGGUUGGCGGGCCGACCCCAGACCCACGUCCCACCACCGGCCAGCGAAGAUCCGGGGAUGGGCAACGCCACCCAGCUCGCUCCAGAGCCAGCAUGGGUCUUGGUGAGGUGGGUGACUCUCCAGGAUGGGAGACAAGCCAAUUUGGGAGCAGAUUGGAUCAAGCUUUAUUCAGCAUUACUACCAGUUAUUUGAUAAUGACAGAACCCAACUAGGCGCAAUUUACAUUGAUGCAUCAUGCCUUACGUGGGAAGGACAGCAGUUCCAGGGGAAAGCUGCCAUUGUGGAGAAGUUGUCUAGCCUUCCCUUCCAGAAAAUCCAGCAUAGUAUCACGGCGCAGGACCAUCAGCCUACACCAGAUAGCUGUAUCAUCAGCAUGGUCGUAGGCCAGCUCAAGGCCGAUGAAGAUCCCAUCAUGGGUUUUCACCAGAUGUUUCUAUUAAAGAACAUCAACGAUGCUUGGGUUUGCACCAAUGACAUGUUCAGGCUUGCCCUGCACAACUUCGGCUGACCUCCACCUGGCCAGAUACUCGCGCUGUUUCCUCCUCCCUCCUCUUCCCAAUACUAUCUCACUCCUCCAGAUGUUCCAAAUAUCAUACACAAACGAGCAGAGCCGAGGUGGGAGUGGGUGCAGCGCGCUUCUGUCACCAGGCGUUGUGCAUGAUGUUUGGAUGCUAGACUAGUUGCAUCUGACAGGAGAAGUUUGUGUUGUACCAGCGCAUGCCUUGGAAAGACUUAAGUAAUGCAAAAGAUUGUCGGUUUUUGUUUUUGUUUUGUUUUUUAAUCUACUGACAAGUUGCUCUAGUAACCCAAAGAAGUGAAGGAGAAAGCAGCUGCCUCACCGCCCAGAUAUUGAUUUGUUCAGAUGUUUCAAUGCCUCAUGAUACAAUAAAACCACAAAAUUUUUCUUAACAGUUUAAA